CAAAAAGGCGUUGAGUGUGAGUCGUCAGCACGGAGAGCAGAACACGCCGCUGAGUCCCGUUCACUUGCAAACAAAAACACCUUUUAGAGAGAGAGAGAGAUAGAGAGAGAGAGAGAGAGAGAGAGAGAGAGAGAGAGAAUGGGGAAAAGACAUGUACCGGAUCCUCCGAACUUGAAGAAAUACGGCGUACCUUUAUACUCCGUUGCUUGGGUUCCCCAAACCGUUCUCAAAUCGCGCCAAAAUGUAGCCGACGAUGAUUCCUCCGACGCCGAUCAUAAAUCUCUACCAGAGACAGAAGCACUGGACGCCGGGAAGUACCUGGUAUUCGCCGGCGGCGGUGGAGAAGGCCGCAGCGGUAUCCCUAAUUCUGUAUUGCUCGCACACUUCGAUGUUGCGUCGGAUUCUCUCUCUGACCAACCGGUGUAUAAACUAGGAACUGCUUCUGAGUUGCCUUAUAGAAUGGCACUUCACCCCAAUGGAGAUGGCAUUAUUUGUGCAAUGGAAAUGCCAAAGAGUUGCAGGUGGUUUGACUGGGAUCAAAACGAGAGUGCUGAAGUUCACAAGUUGGGUCUGAAGUUGUCAGAGAAAGUGCUCACGCAGUUGGAUAAUGUUGGACUACAAUUAGCAUUGGCAUUCAACAAUGAUGGUACUACAUUAGCUGCUGGUGGAGAGGAUGGCAGUCUAAAGGUUUUCAAGUGGCCUAGCAUGGAAAAUAUUAUCAACGAGUCUAAUGCUCAUUCUACUGCGAAGGACUUGCAUUUCAGUUCUGAUGGCAAGUUGAUUGCCUCUUUGGGAGGUGGUGGCCCCUGCAGGGUUUGGGACAUUUCUUCAGCAAUGGUCUUAGCUACUCUAACAAAUGAAAAUCGUGAAAUUUUUAGCUCUUGCAAAUUUUCUGAAAUAAAUGGGAAUCGAGUCCUAUAUAUUGCUGCCAUGAUAGAUAAAGAUAAAGGAAGCAUCCUGACCUGGAAUACGCAAACCUGGGAAAGGAUUAGCACAAAGUAUAUUUUGCGUGAUGCAAUAUGUGCAUUCAAUGUCUCAGCUGAUGGAAAGUUUCUGGCGUGCGGAACACCUUCAGGAGAUAUUGUAAUUGUAAAUUCAACAAAGAUGCAGGUUCAGACAAUGAUAAAAAAGGCUCACCUUGGCAUAAUAACUGCUUUAGCAUUUUCCCCUGAUUCAAGGGCAUUGGCUUCUGUAUCCCUGGAUUCAAGUGCAAAGGUAACAGUAAUUGAAGAGAAGAAAAAUGGAGGGCUGAGCUUGUGGAUUGCAAUAUUUAUCAUCCUAAUUGCAGUAGCUGCUUACUUCCUGAAGAUUGAAGGAAUUGAAAAGUUGUUUCAAUAUUAAUAGUCAAAUAUAUAGGAAUAUUUCUGCUUGCUAAGCAGCUUUAUCAACAUUACUGAAGCAUUUCCAUUUUUGGGGUUUCACAUAUACUUUUUUUUUCCUUCAUAUUUUCGUCAUUGUGAAUGGAUGUUCCAUUGGUUAUGACCCUCUGUCUCAUUAAUGUUUUGUAGAUUGUAUAAUUAUGGUGUUAAAUCGUUAUGGAUAUCUAUAUAUUUUUAUGUGCUUGUUCAA